ACAUUGCGACAAAAUUGAGAAUUUUGGACGUGAUCUUCAGCAAAACUAAAUUUUCUGAUAUAAUGAGGUUUUUGGUAAACCCGGUAGCAACACAGGUUGCAAGGUUGCUAGUGAGUAGAUCGUUUUCAGCGCAAGUCAACGCGGCAACCCCACAAUCAGAACAAAAAUGGGACCUCUAUGCAGGAGUGCUCGUCGAAAGGUUACCGAUCGUGACGAAAACACUAGAACCCCUCGAGACCAAAUUUAAGGCUAUGCUUGAUCAGAUCGAAUUGGAGAAAAGCUUGAAAUCCAAUCAUGAGUUACGGAAAGAAACUGAAAAGCGUCAGCUGGAACUGCUCAAAGCCGGCAAAAUCGACCUCGAUUCUGAGGCACUGAAGCAAACCGCUCAGGAUCUUGAAGAUGCUUACAAUGAUGAAUUAGCAAAGUUUUAUCCAGCUCCCCGGACGACGGAAGCUGAUAAGAAAAAUGAUAUCCGCUCACUCGAUCGCAAACUGGAAGAAACCCUCGUUCUGCUGGUAGAGCAAAAGCUGGGAAAUAAAAGCCAUUACCUGCUGCCCCAAGGCCGGCAUAAGGCUGGCGAAUCAAUGCGACAAACAGCAGAGCGUACCCUGAAAGAGCACUGUGGCGAUGCACUUCAGGUCACUUUCUAUGGCAACGCUCCGGUCGGCUUCUACAAGUACAAAUAUCCAUCAUCUUCGCGAACUGAAACGGUUGGUGCAAAAGUGUUCUUUUUCCGCAGCGUGCUUAAGCAAGGCAGUGGGAAUAUUGCAGAUAGUAAGCUAAAAUAUCAAUGGAUGAGCCAAAAAGAAUUACAGCAACAAUUACAACAAGCAUACUAUCAAAGUGUUGCACAAUUUCUACUAUAACUUACCAUAGCAAUGAACCGUUCCACUGAGACAGUGCGAUAGUAAAUACAAACUGUUAAUUAGAUUGUAAAUC